CGAAUGUUUGGUUUGGCCGUGUUGCUCCAUUCUUGUGCUGAAAUACACAUUUAAACCAGCUGUAAAUUUAGAAGAAAGGACAACCAAAAUCUGUGAAACAAUUUUAGAAAGAUGCACUACAGCCAAGAUUUGAUGUGCGUGCGCCACUGCAAUCAAACGAUUUUCUCAUACGAUAUGUUGAUCCAUUGCCCAUUGUGUAGCAAAUCUUUGGGUGAAAACCUUGAUAGUGUACCGAUCACGUUACCUUGUCCAUUCGUCAGAGCAUGCCAACAUCCAUGUUCCAUUGUUCUGAGGCCUUCCGUUGGAGACUUCCUAAGCUCCUUUCAGAAUCAAAACAAUCUACAUAUUGGAUUAACAUCCUCCGACGGAACCAUCGUAGAGUUCGACGCAAAUGGUUUAACGAAAGUUCCACCCAAGAUUGAUAACCCCUCAGAGGAUUGGGACCAAUGCCUUGUAAUUGCUCGCGUACCUGAAUCAUGGUAUGAUCGUUGGGAUGAGGUUUUGGACGAGGUUUCAUGCGAUCCUUCAUGGAGCAAAGAAAUGUACAAGGAGAACACACAUAACUGCUACGCUUUUGUAUUAAGCUUCCUCGGUGCGCUGGAGUAUGGCGAAUUCUACAGCUUCUGCCAUGACAAGUUGUCGUUCAGUAAGCAGAUCAUUACAUCGAAGACUCAGAGUGCUGCUAAAUACAUCACCAUACAUCGUAAGCUUCAAACACGAAACUAUUUCAUCGAAGAACAAGGAUGAUUCCCGUGAUUUCGGGUCUCGGGCUGUUUAAUUUAAUACAUCGAAGACGAUGGAUCUAAUCUCAUCUGGAUCGAAACCUCAUCUUAUGAGUGGACCUUUCGUUAGCUUGACCCAGUAGAUCGUUAAGCAGGUGUGAAGAUCGUGUGACUGGCCGUCUUACUGCAACUGACUGUGUUAUUUCAGCAUUUUAUUACUUUAGAGUUUAACUAAAACAAUUCUAGAACUGAAAA